AUGAAAUCAUCUUCUACUGACUUACCAAGUUAUCAAGAUUCAAUGACUAUGGAAUUAGCAGAAGUUAGACAGAGGAUUAAAGAAUGGGAGUAUAGCUUCAAGAAGCAGAACGAUAGACAACCCUCAAAACAAGAUAUCAAAGAAAAUGAAGAUAUUCAUAAACUUUACUCGUUAUACAAAUCAUUCAAACAAGCAUCAUCAAAACCCACCAACGACAAACCCAAACCAAAAAGAGAAGAGCAUGACAACCAACACCGAAUCCCACUGUCACCAAGGGGACAAUUGGGUCCAACUCCACAAGCGAACGGAAAAGUGCUAUCAAUAUUUGAUUUCAGACUAACACCACCCGAAUCAUCUCCAUUAAAACGAAAAUCAACCAACAAUCCAAUACUUCCCAUGGAUCAGCCACCAAGGUCACCAAUGAAACGAAUCCAGAUCCAAACUCCAACCAAACCGAAAUCAACGGGGUUGUUAUUAUUCAAAACCCCAACCAAACCAAAAACAAUCACAUUUGAAACACCGGGUUAUAUGGCGCCAAAUCGCAAUUCUCUCAAACCACCGGUACAACAACAGGUGGAAUAUGUGACUAGUCCCAAAACGCCGAUUUUUGGAAAAGUGACGGACAUGCCUGAAUUUCUGGUUUCUCCGUCCCCGCUCAAAUCGCAUAGAUUCUUGGGUAGGAAGUUGGCGGAUGUAUAUAAUGAUUCUUUGGAAGAUGUGAAUUUGGGGUUGGAUCCUGAGCUAGUUAUGGAAAUGGAAACCAUUGCUGAGAAUAACAACGAAGAGGAUGAUCACGACGAAGUGAAUGAAAAUGAGAUUGGUAAAGGAUCGGGGAAGACGUAUAAGAAGGCAAAGACACAGAAGAGACUGACGAGGAGAGUGAAGAUGGCUCCAAGACCAGUUGCGCAAGAGGAUGGGUUCAAAACAAAGGAUAUACAACUCGAAGUCAGCAAAAUGAACGAAGAGGAAAGGAGGGGAUUAGAGUCAUACAUUAAUUCCGAUGAAGAAGAAGAGGAGGAGGAAGAAGAGGUGGCACCAACUUCAAAGGAUCCAAUCAAACGAGGACGAAAACCAGUAACUGCAAAUUAUAAGAGAAUGAAGAUUAAUGAUCCAAGAACAAGGAAUUUCAAAAGGCGUAUGGGGAGACGUUAG